AUGGACACAAAAGGAAAGUGCAUUCUGUUUGUCAGUGGACUCGACCAGGAAGUCACAGAGCAGACACUGCAGGCAGCAUUCAUCCCGUUUGGCGAGAUCGUCGAGAUCAGUCUGCCGCCCGACACGGGGUCCAAGAACCGGCACCGCGGAUUCGGAUUCAUCGAGUUCGAGGAGUCUGGCGAUGCAGCAGCAGCAAUCGACAACAUGGAGGGGUCCGAGCUGCAGGGCCGCACAAUCACGGUCCGGUACGCGCGCGGCAACGCCAGCUCCCUAGGCGAGAUGCUGACAAAGGGCACGCGUGCGAUCUUCAACGAGUCGGCGUGGAUCGACAAGAACAUGCCGGGGAUGCAGCCCGCUGGCGCCAUGGACACAGCGACGCCGGUGGACAACCCGCAUGUGUUUCUGGAGUUUGCUGUGGAUGGGAAGCCAAGCGGGCGGGUGGAGAUUGAGCUGCGGCGCGAUGUGGUUCCUCGCACGGCACAGAACUUUCUGGCGCUGUGCACACGCGAGCGGUCGAUCGGGUACCAGGGAUCGAAGGUACAUCGGAUCAUUCCAGGGUUCAUGAUCCAGGGCGGCGAUUUCACCAAUGGCGACGGGACUGGCGGCAAGUCCAUCUACGGCAGCAAGUUUGACGACGAGAACUUUGCACUGAAGCAUGACGGUGCUGGAGUCCUGUCGAUGGCGAAUGCCGGACCCAACACCAACGGCUCGCAGUUCUUCAUCACACUGGACAAGACGCCGUGGCUGGAUGGCAAGCAUGUCGUCUUUGGACGGGUCACCAAAGGCAUGGAUAUUGUGCGGACAGUCGAGGCUCUGGGCGACAAGAACGCGCCCACGCAGCCAAAGAAGCCCAUCACCAUCUGCAACUGCGGCACUGUAUGA